AUGCACACGGCCGACUUUCUUGGGUGGGCAGGCCUGCGGGGCGUCCAGAUGCAUCUGUCCGUAGAGGUGCGAGCGAGUGGCUUGGGCGGCGUUGGGAUCUUUGCCCGCACCACGGCCGACGAGGACGCCGUCGUGCUCCGCGUGCCCAGAAGCUGCGUUUUCGACCUCCGCAACUUCUUCCAGCUCGCGGAGAAGUUGAAGGCGGGCGACGCCACGCAGCUGGCCGCGGCCAUCUUGAACGCGGCCUUGCACGCGGGAGGCCCCGCCUCGGAGUCCGUCAUUAUCCGCAGCUUUGUGUGGGGGCUCUUCAUGCUUCGGCAGAAACGGCGCCUGAUCAACGUCCCGGGCAUCGAGCAGAUCGACGCGUACCUACAAGUGCUCGCCACCACUCCUACUCUCGACAUCGAAGAGCUGGCCGAGGAAGCGGACGCCGUGGAGGGGGACUUGAGGGCCGAGAAGAGGCUGGUGGAGCGGGACUUUGCCCGGCUCGCCAGCGACUGCCCCGAGGCCGGCACGCUCAUGAGCCUCGCCCAGGCCUUUCAGUUGCACCAGGCCGUCAAGUCGCGGGUCUUGGAGAUUCCGCAGGCUGAACCCGAUCUGGACGACUACGACUACUGCACCAACAUCUCGUUGGUGCCCGUGCUCGACUUUGCCAACCACGCGCACGCCAACAACGCGGUGUUCGACGUGGACCCGGAGUCCAAUGACGUCAUCCUCCGCCUUGUGGCGAGAGUGCCUGCCGGCACCGAGAUCACCAUCUGCUACGACCCCGCGAACGCCGUCGAGCCGUUCCUCAAGACAUAUGGCUUUGUGCCAAAGGGCCCGUGCACCGCCGCCUGGCCCAUCCCCGACUUGGACGCCUCGUUGACAGAGGCCGUUGGGGGAAACGAUUACUCGGCCAUAGCGAAAUGGCUCCAGGUCCGUCCCGAGCUCCCCAUCCGGGUCGAUGCGGCCGGCGCCGUGGCAAUAGACUCUGCAAACCUCAGGUUGCCGCUCUUGUUGAUUCCCGGCUUGGCGUACUACAGGGCCUGGGCUACAGAGACUGCGGAUAUUGCUCGAGAGUUCGGCGAGACCGAGGAGGAAACCGCCGACAUCAUUGCCGAGCUCCGCCGCCAGGAAACACAUGCGCCGGUAGUGCAGGCGUCCGACACGGUGUUUGGCGUCACGUGGCACGACAGCUACAUUAGCCUUUCCCAUAUUUUGGAGCAGACCGGCACCAAGACCGAGCGCGCAGUUCUGGAGCUAGCAACGCGCACCGCAGAGGUGAUUCGAAGAAUAGCGCACGGGCCGGGGCCCGGGGGCGUGCGCGGCCCGGAACAGCGCCCUGGGGCUGGGGGGCCGCUUGGUCAGUACCGGCAGUUGCAAGCCCAGAUCUCAGAUAGGCUUUCCCGGAUGUCUGCCGAGGAAAUCACGCGUGUCGCCCACGAGGCCGUCGAGAACCUUCUGCGCUGA